UUUGAUUUGUCAGAAGAAUGUUUACUUAGAGUUUUGCACUGACCUAUUAAGCUCAGAAGAGAGGAGAAACUCAACUGAAAGGCAGACAAUGAGGUUUUUGGUAGCUAGGGAUUCCAUUUCAGUCUCUUCCUCUGCUGCUUUGACCCUUCAUUUUCUCCCAGCUUCUUCUCCUCCGAUCAUUAAUUGUUUUCCUAAUUAAUCAAAAAUAGAGAGAGAGAGAGAGGUUAGAGAUGACGUGUCGUAGUCACAGAUAUAAAAGGGUACGAGAAAACGUCUCAUCCUUCUCCUUCUCUCUCUCUUUGAUCUUUCCCUCUUCUCUCCUUCAAAUCCGUUCUUCCUUGAGAUCAUUUUCCUUUCUCUAUUACAAACUUUUGUUUCAUUUUUCAAUUACUCCCUUCUCUCCCCUCUUGUCUCUUCUCUCAUCAGAAUGAACGGCAAGGCCUCUGUUUCCAAGGAGCUCAACGCCAAGCAUUCCAAGAUAUUGGAAGCACUUUUAAAGCAUCCAGACAAUCGAGAAUGUGCAGAUUGUCGAUCAAAGGCACCAAGAUGGGCAAGUGUGAACCUUGGGAUAUUCAUAUGCAUGCAAUGUUCUGGAAUCCAUCGCAGCCUUGGUGUCCACAUCUCUCAGGUAAGGUCUAUAACCCUGGAUACAUGGCUUCCAGAUCAGGUUGCUUUCAUGCAAUCUACCGGUAAUGCUAAGGCAAAUCAGUACUGGGAAUCAGAAUUGCCUCUUCAUUUCGAGAGAAGCUCAAGCGACGCAUUUAUAAGAGCCAAAUACGAUGAGAAGAAAUGGGUUUCACCGGGAGGGAUUCAACCGGCUCCUGUAGCUAACCAGCCAAGCUCCAAAGUUAGUCACUUGGUAGAGAGAGGACAUAAGCCAGAAACUCCAACGAAAACAAGAACUCGUUCCCUUGAUGAAGAGUUCCUUCUUAAGCAUGUUCUUGAAGUUACACCACCAGAAACAAGAAUCCGUGCGGGUUCGGUGGAUAUGAAGAUGAAGGAGAAUUUAUAUGUUCUACCUCUACCAGUGGGGAUAGAUGUUAAGAAACCAAAUCAAAAGAAUGAUAUUUUCUCCGGAGAUUUGUAUCAGAAUAGAAGGACCACCAUAGCACCACCCUCCAGCUGGGCUACUUUCGACUGUAAGGCUUAA